GUAGCAAACAUCUAUACAAAUAGCUUAAAAUAAAAGCUGAACAAAAUAAACCUGAUUCUGAUUUCAUAUCCUAACUUUUGGACUAUCACAGAGAAACAUGGUCUUGCAAAAUAAUUCAGCCCCCUGACCAAUUCCCUUGUGAUACUGAAUUACAAAUGGUAUGUUGACAUUUUUUAUAUUAAAGCUGCAAGAACAACGGUAAGCCUUUUGAGAAUCAAUGUCAGCCGCCAACUCCAAACCGAACCUCAGCCAUGCACAGGUGUCUGAGCUAGUGAAGAGGCUGUUUGGCUUGACGCCGUCCCAGAUAAGCCCGCUGCCCAGCUACGAUGACCAGAACUUCUGUGUUUCAGUGAGCGAGGGUGGCCAAUAUGUCCUGAAGGUCUUGAACUCCACUGACAGUCAGAACACAGUUGUGGCGGAGCUGCAGACUCUGGCGAUGGCCUUACUGCUCCAGAGAGGGCUCCCCUCACAGACCGCCCUGCCCACCGUCUCAGGACAGCUCAUCAGCCAAGAGGACAUUGACUGCGGAUUUGGCAGACAGAAGUACGUGGUGAGACUGCUGACCUAUUUACCGGGAACCCCUAUCGCCAAAGUCCCCUGCUCUCCACAGAUCCUGUAUGAAGUCGGCAAAAUGGCUGCCAAGAUGGACUUAGUCCUUCAGGAAAUGAAGCAUCCUCAACUCCAUCUUCUUAACAGGGGGACGUUCAUCUGGAAUCUGUCCAACCUCCCUCUCCUGGAGUCCUACCUCCCUGUAAUGGAUGGGGAUCCAGUUCAGCCGAUCGUCAAGGCGGUCAUUCAGCAGUACCAGGCCCGUGUGCUUCCCAGACUGAGCUGCUUCCGCAAAUGUCUUAACCAUGGGGACUUCAACGAUCACAACAUCCUGGUGCAACCGGACGAUUCCGCCGGCUACAGAAUCUCUGGCAUUCUGGACUUUGCGGACAUGAGCAGUGGGUACUAUGUGUAUGAGCUGGCCAUAGCCAUUAUGUACAUGAUGAUCGAGAACCCUACACCCCUGGACGUGGGGGGUGUCGUGUUGGCCGGCUGGGAGACUGUUAUUCCCCUCAACCAGGCCGAGAGGGACUCCCUCUACCUGCUGGUGCUCUCUCGCUUCUGCCAGUCCCUGGUUGUUGCUCGCCACACUGUGGUCCAGCACCCAGAGAACAAGGAAUACCUCAUGAUCACGGCCAAGACAGGCAUCCGCCAUCUUUGUCAGCUCUGGGAACUGGGCAAGGAGGAGGUGGAGAGAAUCUGGUUCGAGGGUGCGGCCCGAUAUGUUCCCGGGGGCGACCCAGUGGCGCUUCCUGAGCCCAAGGUGGUUCAGUAAUAAUAAUAAUCAUCAUCAUAGAAUACCAUGUGAAAAGCAUUUUUCUUCAUAGAAGAAGUUCUGGAAAAGGUGUGGCCUUAAUUAGGCACUGGGCAGACAAAUUAAUGUAAUGGGCAUUUCAAUCGUCCAGAUGUGGUCAAAUAAAGGCAAUCGUCCAGGUUUGGUGAAGUAGAUGAGGUUGUGGCGGUAGAGUUUGAGAAAUUGGAAUUGUGACUUUGGUCUCACUUCGAAGGAGAGCUGGUAUAUAUCACACCGAUGUUGUGAACAUCCCUGAGAUCUUAAAAGGAAGCAGCGUCUAUUGGAUUUUUUUCAUAUCCAUUAUCAUCUACGGGCCUGUCUCUUUACAACAACAGCAUCCGUGCCUAACCAUUCUGAUUUUCCCACCUCGCUGCUCUCUCGAACAGGGAGUCACAUGGGUCAAUGUGUGUGAAGGACCAGUAGCUUUCCUUUUGAGCCGUUUGAUGGAGUCCCUGGAGUUUAUAGUUUUCACUUUCUUUGAGUCGAUUGUGUCCAGAAUUUUCCUGAAGUGCAUGUUCAUCUAAUUAUUUCUUAAUUUUGUAAUUGUUUCUAAUCAUCGCUGAGACUACCUGUUGUUUGACAGAUUGUCUUUGAUCAGUCAGACUGUGUGAUCAAACAUUCUGAAGACCUGUUUUAAAAGAUAACCUUUCUCAGAUUCUGACUGUGACACUCGUGUAUUAAUCACCACCAAAAAACAACAUAAUGAUAAUUCUGUUAUCUUUCAUGGUCUGUGGGAACACAGGUUAACGUUUGACUGAAGUCAUGUUGUGUAUUGUUUUUAAGGCAAUUAAUAAAACAAUUCCAUUGCUGGUGGUUCCUUUAAAAAUGGCAUCUUGAUUUACUGUGUUAAAUAUCCAGAUUAAAGGCUGUAGGUUUAGUUGAAUAAGGUGUCAAUGCAAAAACUUACUGUGAAAUUACUACUGCAUUUAUUAGUGCCCUGAGUCAAUUGCGUCUAACAAUAAUGUGUAAUGCAUUUUUGUCAAUUAAGCGGUUAAAAAAGCUGAUGCACACGUCAAUGAAGUGUUGGUGCCAGUAUGUUAUGUACGUUGUCUGUUGAAUCUGCAAAAUCGGCAGUGUAUCAAAUACCUGUUCUCCCCACUGUACUUUAUGCAACAGCAUAAAUAAAAUGCAGACAAUUGUACUGGUCAGGAGUGAGCCCAGUGUUGAUUGUGCUGAGUUUUUACUGUU